AUGCAAAAAAUAUUUUUAAUGUUUGGUUGUGGAUGUGGCACAUUAUCUGGUGGUAGUGUUGGAGGUUGUGGUGCUGGUGCUGGUGCUGGUGUUUUAGGUGGUUCUUUUGGUGGUGCUGCUGGUGCUUUAGGUGAAGGUGGAGGUCCUGCUUUUGGCGCUUCUUUUGGUGGAGGUGGAGGUGGUGUUUUAGGUGGAGGGGCUUUUGGCGGAGAAGGUGCUGGUGGUCCUGGUGGUCCUCCUGGUGGUCCUCCUCCAUCUCCUGGUGGUCCUCCUGGUGAUCCUCCAUCUCCUGGUCCUCCUGGUGAUCCUCCAUCUCCUGGUCCUCCUGGUGGUCCUCCAUCUCCUGGUCCUCCUGGUGAUCCUCCAUCUCCUGGUCCUUUUCCAUCAGCAGGUGCUUUUCCAUCAGGUGGUUCUUUUGGUGGCUCCUUUGGUGGCUCCUUUGGUGCAGGUGGAGGUGGAGGUGGAGGUGGUUCUUUUGGUGGUUCUUUUGGUGGCUCUUUUGGUUCAGGUGGAGGUGGUGGUGGUGGUGUUGGUGGUGGCUCUUUUGGUUCAGGUGAAGGUGGAGGUGGAGGUGGUGGCUCUUUUGGUUCAGGUGAAGGUGGAGGUGGAGGUGGUUCUUUUGGUGGCUCUUUUGGUGGUGGUGGUGGUGGUUCUUUUGGUGGCUCUUUUGGUGGCUCCUUUGGUGCAGGUGGAGGAGGUGGUGGUUCUUUUGGUGGCUCCUUUGGUGACUCCUUUGGUGCAGGUGGAGGUGGAGGUGGAGGUGGAGGUGGUUCUUUUGGUGGCUCCUUUGGUGGCUCCUUUGGUGCAGGUGGAGGUGGAGGUGGUUCUUUUGGUGGCUCCUUUGGUGAAGGUGGAGGUGGAGGUGGAGGUGGUUCUUUUGGUGGCUCCUUUGGUGGCUCCUUUGGUGCAGGUGGAGGUGGCUCUUUUGGUGGCUCUUUUGGUGGCUCUUUUGGUGGUUCUUUUGGUGGUUCUUUUGGUGGUUCUUUUGGUGGCUCUUUUGGUGGUUCUUUUGGUGGCUCUUUUGGUGGCUCUUUUGGUGGUUCUUUUGGUGGUUCUUUUGGUGGUUCUUUUGGUGGUUCUUUUGGUGGUGCUUUUGGUUCCGGUUCUUUUGGUGGUUCUUUAGGUGGUUCUUUUGGCGCUUUUUUUCCUUUACCCGGUCCUUUUGCAUCAUCAUCAUCACCUGGUUCUUUUGCACCGCCCGGAUCUUUUCCGCCACCUGGUUCUUUUCCGCCACCUGGUUCUUUUGCACCGCCCGGAUCUUUUCCGCCACCUGGUUCUUUUCUGCCACCUGGUCCCUUUGCAUCACCUGGUCCUGGCCCUUGUCGUUUUUGA